CCCAAGAGACAUGUCCAGUUCUUGUCCCGUGUGUCACUGAAACGAACAUUUUGUAACCCCACCCAAACCUCAAGAGACCCAACCAAGCGCAUCUAAAUAUGACGCCGAAGGGGUUGACGCUAAAGGAGAUUUUUGCGUCAGUAACAAAUGCCAAAGGCACGUGACCAAGCAUUGCUUUUUGAGUGACCGCUGGGUUGUUGGUCACCUGCCUGACCAAGGCUAUUCUUCCCCAGUUACUCAGUUUGGCCAAACAGCCAAAUCUAGGAAGAGUCCUGGUGGUUCCAAACUUUAUCCAUUUCACAAUUAUUGAGGCCAGCUUUAAGAACGUUUUUAUGCCCUUGCUCUGAUCUAUGCCUUGCCACAAUUUUAUCGUGGAAGUCUAUAGAGAGUUAUUUGGACUUCACAGGCAGACUCCAGUUCUCCAGUUCUACAUCUUCAUUAAAGCAACAGGAUGCACCUGACCACAAUUUGGAUUGCCGUAGCAAAUGGUUAUGUAAAUCAAAGAUUUCAGUUUUGGAUGUUUGAUAGAUUUACGGAAUCCCCCAAUAUAUUUCACAGAUUUUAACAAAACCAACCAAAAUGAAAUGAAAAAUCCACAGCGCUCUCCACCAUCUGGAAACUCAGGGCACCCCAGUCCCACCUUCUGCUCCUCCUGUACAGGAGCAUCAUAGAACCAAUCCUCCUCUACUGUUCCGCAUACUUUACCAUGGCCAUUGUCACUAACAGGAACAAACUCAAAAUCACACACAACGCCUCUAAAACCAUUGGUUUCCUUACUCCCAACAUCCCAGCCCUCAUUGACACUGCCAUCACACAAUGCACUCACCAUAGCACACGACCCCAGCCACCCUUUGAACUCAUGCUUCAUUUUACUCCCAUCAGGAGAUCUCUGAUCUGUAAAAAAGCAUGCUACAGCAAGAGCUUUGUGCCCUCUGCCAUCACUGCCCUCAACAAACUGAAGCAAUAAUACUCAAUGGACUCAUGUUCUUGUGAGUACAUUGUGUACAUUGUGUUACUUGUGGCUAUGCUUUUUUGUCUAUCUAUCUAUCUCUCUAUACAUAAUGCAUUCUCUGGAAACAAAGCUACCCAACCACUUCUAUAUUUUUUGGUAAAGAAAUGCAGCUUUUGUAUGACAGUUUAAUAAACUAAUGAACUGUAUCUGUCUUGGACUCAUGACCUCAGUAUUUCUUAAAGUCCUGGGGCUGCCCUGACAGUUAAUGGUAUCACUGUAGACUCUCUCACAUCAUUGUAUUGACAGGAAAAUGCAGUGCUACCAGUCUCUUUCACUCAUGCAGGCUUUGGGUAAUUACAUUCAUAAUUGGAAGUGUGGCAUUUUGAUUCAUAAAACCCAGCUCUCAUCUCUCCGAGUUCUGCUCCAGUGAGCAAGGUGCAAACACAUCAAUAUUCCCACAGAGGGGGAAAUAUAACUCCUACUCAUAUCGACGGUGACAGCAAGAGCUAAUACACAAUUAGUCAAUAACGGCCUGAAGAUCCAACAUGUGUAAUUUUGAAAAACUACAUCAGGAAGCUGAAAGUGCUUAUGGCAGCUGUUUUAAUUCAUAAGUAUUUACAGUACACUACAGCUCUCAUUGAAUGGAGCUGAAUCGAUCGAUGGCUCCGUUCAUUCACUCUUCUCACCGCCCCCGUUCAAACAAUGCAUUGGCGUGACCUAUUGCUGCUGGCAUCAUGAAGGAGAGCAGAGCACAGAGGGUUCCCCGCCCCAGAGGAUAUAAAUACAGGGAGAGGGCAAGUAUCCUGAACCUUUUACUUUCUCAUCCUCUCUGCUGGACACCGGGCUCACAGGAUCUCCGACACCAUGAAAGGUUUGAGGACAAUCACAUUAACUUAUGUAGGCCUACUCACCCUUUUACUGCUGGCCUCAUUUAUCUCGCAGUCGUGGAGCGCACCGAAGGGCUCUUUCCAACGGAGAAACUGGACCCCGCAGGCUAUGCUGUACCUCAAGGGCACUCAGGGACGAAGAUUCAUCUCAGAGGACCGAAAAGAAGGCGAUGUCUAUGACACAUUACACUUAGAGACCCGCAGUCAGAACACAGAGAAGCUGAGCGUGGACCAGGCGGCCACCGUCCUGCUCAACUUCCUGCAGCAGGCCAGAGAGGCAGCCGAUGAAAACCCAGAUGAGGUGUAUUUCCAGGAGCUGCCAGUGUGGAAGAGAGAAUACUUCUGAUCGUCUUUCAUACAUUUCUAAAGCUCAUAGAUAACACAUCUUUGUUUUUGAUUCUAAGCUUAUGUAAGGGAGAAGAACAGCUGUUUUGUAAAUAUGAAUUCUCUGACUAUGUUUGAAAUGUG